AUGGAGCUGUGCCCGGGAUCUGCGGCGCCCUCGGGCUGGGCGCUGCCGCUCCUCCUCGCCCUGGGCGCCGGGCUCAGCCACGCCACCCCACACCUGCGGUACACCCGACCGGGCUCCCGCAGCAAGAACUGGUGCGCCUACAUAGUGAACAGGAACGUGAGCUGCUCGGUGCUGGACGGGACGGAGAGCUACGUCCAGGCCCAGUACAAGUGCGCCUGGAACCAGUUCCCCUGCCAGCCCACCCCGGUAUACCGAACGAGUUUCAGACCUCGGUACACAGUUGCAUAUAAGACAGUAACAGAGCUGGAAUGGAGAUGUUGUCCUGGGUACAAAGGGGAAGACUGCAGAGAAGGCCCAGCAGAAAAGCCAAACACUGCUCGUCGUCCCACAACACCAGCGAAAGCUGUUGUGAAGAAAGGCUUGGAUGCAGAACCAACAGAAGUGCCAGAACCUCCACCGUAUGAGAAGAAAAUGCAAUUUCUUGAGGAUGAAUUGUUUAGACUUACACGAUCAGUGCUUGAACUUCAGUCCUCCGUGGCAGGUGUGAAUGAAAACCUAAAGUUGACUGUCCAAGAAGAUGCUAGUAGGAUGUUGGUCACUUGGCUGAACAACCUUUAUGACCGCCCAGAGCCUGAUAGUGCAGUUGGUGGGGAAACAGACACUAUUCAUCUGCCUGGACUCCUCAGCAAUAAAGAUCAAAAAGACCCUUUUAUUGAUUUUGAAAUGGAAGAUAUAAAGUCUGAGCUAGCUGAGGUCAAAGAAGCCUUGAAAAUGAGGAAUGACAAGCUGGAGGAACUGAAUGGAAAAGUAAAAGGCUAUGAAGGACAAUUAAAACAACUGCAGGAGGCAGCACAAGGACCUACAAUAACAAUGCCCAGUGACAAUAUAUAUCAGGAGUAUAUAGACUCAAAAUUUGAGGCCCUCAGACAGGAAAUACUGGAAGGAUUUGAAAAGAAAAUGGCAGAUCUGAAGAACUCCUGUGAAUACAAACUACAGGAUAUCCAGCAGCAGUGUGAUGACAAUGAAAAUAACUGCUUAGGAAUAAUUGAUGUUAUAAGAGGAAAAGAGAAUGACUUGAGGAAAGAAAUAAAUACUCUCCGAACUCAGAUUCCAUCAAACAAGUCCAGUUGUUGCAAGGAGGGUGAGAGCAAUUACUUUGACCAACAGAUAAAAGAUUUAGAUAAGAAGAUUGACAGAGUUGUGGAAGCACAUAGGAUCUUGAAUGUCAGAAUAGAUAAUGAAAUCAGUCGAUUGUCAACUCCAGAUCUGGAAGACAUGUUUGGUGAGAGGUUGGAGGAGCUAGAUGCAAGGAUGAAUGUUACGGAACGAAAUGCUGAAGAACAUUGCUUUUACGUUGAGGAAACUCUCCGCAGUGCUAUAGCUGCUGAGGUAGAUGAAUUGAGAGAUUUGUUUGACCAAAAGCUGCGGGCACUAGAAGAUAGGCUAGGUGGCACUAUUUUAGAGAUUGCUAAUACUACAGACCCGGAUGGAAUGUAUAUUAAUCCUGGGCCCAUCUUGCCCAGUGAUGCAGGAUUUGCAAAUGAGCAAUUUACAGCAGAGGUGAAUUUCCUGAAGAAUAAACUACUGUCGCUUGAACACCUCUGUGGGCAGAAAUGUCAGUCUGCACCACAAGGUACGGAGGACCUUCAGAAAGAGCUAGAAAAUUGUAACAACAAAUACAAUCACUUGCUUUUGAAAACAGAGAAUAACUCUGUUCUCCUGCAGUCUCUAAAUAGCUCUCUUAAUGAGAAACUCAACUUAAGUAAGGGUAACCAACGUGACAUCCAGAAAAUGCAGAGAGAUGUACGUGUAUUCCAGUAUAGUUUAAAUGUCAUGGAUAAAGAUAUCAAAAAUCUUCAAGAUGGCUUGAGUAGCUGCCAGGAGCAGCUUCUGGGUGUCAAUUCUACCUGUAGAAAAACACAACGGGGUGUUUUCCGAAAAAUCGAUCAAAUGCAGAGGACAUUUGCAAAUCAAACUGCUCACCCUAGUGAUAAUUGCUGUGGUGAAGUGAAAGAGAGACUAGAACAACUGAAUGACCAUAUCCUGAAUGAUCUUAGCAAGUGCAAAGAAAAGACACAAGGUAUCCAGGAGGGUGUUUUGGAUGUUGAGAGCAGAGUCUCACAUGUUGAAAAAGUUUGCGGCAAGCUGGACUCUGUCUCAGGUAGCUUGCAGAAGAUAAAAGAAGGUCUGAAUAAGCAUGUGAGCAGCUUAUGGAACUGUGUCCGUGAAAUGAAUGGAACUAUAGCAUCUCAUUCCACUGAUAUUUCUGGCCUCAAAAAUUCUGUACACCAGUUUUAUAGUCAGGUCUCCAAAAUCACCACAGACAUUGAAGGCAUGCUGAAAUCUCAGUCUGACACGAGGCGAUCAGAAGUACCACGGCAGCCGUUGCCACCAAGACCACCCCUGCAGCCCCAACCUGGCAUAUCCCUGCUGCCAUCAAGGCCAAGGAUACAACCCCCACGACAGAGGACCCCUCUCCAGCCACCGCAGCUGAGACCUCCUCUGCGCCCAGCUCUGCCAGGGUCAGGAGUUGUGCCAUUUCUGCCUGGAACAACUGGGAUCAUCUUGGAGACUGGAGAGGCAGGGCCUCCUGGCACUGUUUUAAUGUCAGGAAGAGGGCGGCUUAGAAGUGUGGAUGGUCAGGCUGGUCAAAGUACCAUGCCCAUUGCUGAAGGGUAUGCUGGAGCACCAGGAUAUCCAAAGUUACCUCCUCCUACCACAGACUCGCAAGGUCCUGCUGCUGCUGCAGCCUCUCUGGUGUCGUUUUCUGCUGGGCUGACACAGAAGCCUUUCUCCAGUGAUGUCGGCGUGGUUCACUUUAACAAAGUGCUUGUGAAUGACGGGGACUAUUAUAACCCCAAUACAGGCAUUUUCACAUCACCAUAUGAAGGGCGCUACCUGAUCACUGCUGUGCUGGCCCCGGAGAGGGAUGAGUACGUAGAAGCAGUGCUGUCUGUCUCCAAUGCAAGUGUGGCUCAGCUCCACACAGCUGGGUACAGAAGGGAACUGCUGGAGUAUCACAAACCCUACUCGGGGAAACGGACCUGUGGUGGUCCUGGGACAUUCCACCUUGUUCUUCACCUCAAAGCAGGAGAUGAAGUAAACGUCGUCGUAACAGGAGGCAAACUGGCCUACACAGACUCUGACGAAAUGUACUCCACGUUUAGUGGAGUUCUCCUUUAUCCUUCCAUUUCUCAUGUUUAGGUUUAUCUUGAACAGGAGAGAAGGGUAACAUAUUCAGAAGAAAUUAAGUGUAAUAAAUUUCAAAGCUUUAAUAUAUUCAGUUUAUAUAUUUGAUUUCAGCGAUGGGUUUAUAGUCUAUACUGAGACCUUUUCCUUGUCCCCUGUUUCCAGAGGUAGCUACAAAAGACAUGUUUCUGUAGCUAAAUUAAUUCCUUCCCAAGCCCUUGUUUACCCAUACAAGCAGAACAACUGUUAAAACAACAAAUAUGUUCUCAGUAGAUACUUUUCCACUGUGCUCUUGCUAUUCCCUAUUAAAUUGCCUUUGCAGUCUUCUCCCUAGUUUAUCAAAUUGUCCCUAGUGUAUCAAAGUUUACAUCUUGGCUGAAGUUUACAGUUGUGGUCAGCUAUUUUCAUGUUUUCAGUAAAGCAGGGGCAAGAAAGGAAGGUUGUAUUGGACAUGGUUGAUGACUUCUUAGUCCUUGCAUUAUUUAAUAAUAUGUUGGGUCAAGUGUAUUCGCAUAAACAAUUUGCUCAAAGCCAUUGCUAACCAUAGUGGUGCAAAGCGAAACAAUACUUAUCUGCAUCAGUUUUCUUUUUUCCCUUAAGGGCCAAAGACAGAGCUAAGAGACAACAUGAGUGACUCAUUCCAGUCAAAUGGAAGCAGCUGUGUGGGGAGAAACUUACCUCACCUCACCUUUCCAUGGGCAAACAUGAGCGUAAGAUGCAGUUGCUACUACUGAAAGAUUUAGAAGAGUUAUUUUCAACUGAUACAGUAAAAAAGACAAUCAGUUAAGCAUGAUGCUCUUGAGAUUAAAGUUGGAUGCUUGAAAUGAAGAAAACAGGUCAGAAAAAUCUAAAUCGUCUGUGCUUAGCUAGAGAAAUGGUAAUUUUUAAAAGUUUAAAAAAUUUUACAAAGUUUGUUUCUGGCACUCCUAUAGUACUUGCAUUAAAAAGGAAGUUUUGUCUUUGUUGCAUUGUAGAAAACAGAGCAAAAAUUACUAAUAUAGGAAAAUAGUCUUAUUAGCCAAUACUGUCAAAUGCACAAACCAACCAUCUGCACCAAGUCUUUGCUGUAACAGCCUCCUGCAUUGGUGCUUUUGAGUGAGGUUUGUUUUAAGACUCAGCAUCUGUUUAUAUGGAUGAAGCAACUUCCUUAGCUUAAACAGAUAAACACAUUUGGGGCAACAGUAUUUUAUUUCUCAUACUAGUGACUCCUCAGUGGAGGUAACAAAAAUGGUGUUUUGGCUUUCGAGUUAGCAUUUUGAUCUUUUUCAUCGCUGAAAAAAAAUCCAGCCGUGCUUUACUGAGACAGGACUAUUCAGCUGUCACCUAUAGAUUCUUAUAUAAACUGAUCUUUUUAAUAGUCUAUUCAUGCUGCAUAGAGUUGUAUUUAUUGUAGUGGUUUCUGUAGUAUAUUUUCCUUCUUACAAAUCCAGAACAGCUGUUUAUUGCCUCAGAACAAACAAUUCCUUCAGGUGAAGAAAGAACUCCCCGUGCUGUAAGCAGCACAGUAUAUUUAGCUGAAGCCCUUCCCAUCUGAGGAGGUCAGAUGAAGACUUACGCCUUUGUUGCUUAGUUUUGGAAUAGAUACUCCCUAAUAACUCUGUUUCCAGGCGAUGAGAUGGGGCCUUCCCACAACAAACUAUCACAUCCUGGAAGUUGAGCUGCUUUUGAGACAAGCAGGUGGAAAAAGCUUUCUCUCCACUCAGGAACUCUGAGUCAGUCCCUGUGCAGCUAGGAUUGCACUGGGGGAGUUGCAAGCACAGGAAGGAAACUGCGAGUGGAGUUUUAAAGCACCUGGUUAAGGAAGAUCUCUUGGCACCUGAUAUUCAGAAAUGAUGGUGUUACUGAUAAGCAGAAGCCACGACUGGACAUACUUCGUAGCAGGAAGGCUCUUUCAGUAAGAGCAGCUGUUAGUCAAUAGCCAAAGAUGUAUAGUGAACUUGCACUUCACAGCUUGAUAAAGGGGGCCACCCCCGUCUCAUUUUCCUGCACGUUUGUCUUGACCUGUGCUGGAUCGUGCGGCAUUAGCAUGCUUGUUCAAGAGGGACUUAAUUUUCUUUUGUCCUAAAUCAAUAGCCCCCUUCUGUCCCAUGCCUUUCUAGGUCUCAAAAUUGAAGGGAUAGACAGGAAAGAUUGUCUUCUGUGUUUUCAAAAGCCAAUUACAUCAACCACUUUUUUAAAAACAUAAUUUCUUGUUAUGUACAAAAGCCAAGAGGCACUUUUCCUUUUAGGAUAUUCUUCACUCUCUUCAAGAAAGCUGCGUUCUCCAAGAAGUUGGCUCCAGACUACGUGUGACUCAAGUAUUGUUAGAUUAUUGUUGCCUGUUCUAAAAAUGACUCAUGGAAACAAACAGAAUGAGCUGAGUGCUUAGGGAGACCUAGCUGGCAAACACAACCUUCCCCCCCCCUCCAAGUGAGACAUUUUUAAGAAUCUGUGGUGCAAGUUCAGCGCUAGAGUUGCAAAAGUUGUAUCAUCUAAUUCUUACCUAACCACUCUGCUAGGUUUCUAAAUCCAACCCACAAAUCUUCACAAGCUCAGUUCUGCUAAUGGGACAGGGCAGUCUAAUACCAGACGGUUUUUCCUUGUGCCCAGGAUCUGCUGCUGCCAAUGCCAAGAUUGUUCGAGCCCUCAUAACGCAGCGUAAGUGGUAUUUGUACGCAGGUAUAAAGCAUUCCCUAAACUAUAUCACAGCAGGGCCCAGUCUUAGCAGCAUAUUUUGAGGACACCUUUUAACGCUUUUAGGGAUAGUUUCCCCAUCCCCACCUUAAGCAGCAUGGUGGCUAAAGCUAUAACCUUUGACAAGGAACCUCUGUUUUUCUUACAUUCUUGCCUUUGUUGAGGGAGACUUGACCCUUAAUUUCCACUUCCUUGGUAAUUGCUGUAAUCAGGGUAGGUGGCUCAGUUCUUCCUGAUGAUGAGGUUAUUUUCCUGGAGCUUACAAGGUAGAAUAUUCACCCAGCUGGUAAGACCACAAUGCUGUAGCCCCUGAAUAGCAAAGGGAGGGGGAACCUGAGUUCCAGUCUCUGCUCCCAUGAGUGCUUGGAUAAAACAUUCACUAAAGCAGCAGCUGGAAGAGAGUCAAGCACAGACGUGUUCAUGGGCCUGCUGAGUGUUUGCUCCAUACAGAACAGCCCAGCUUCAAAGGAGGGAGCAAGAGCCCUGCUCCAGAAUACCCUGAACCCACUGACUGAGCAUUUACGUCUUUGGUGAGAAUCAGCAACAGAACAAGGAAAUACCUGCACUGGAAGGAACAUUUCACACUGUGGGUUCAUGAUUUGACUACCACAUCCAAGAACAUCCACAAGCUCAAACAGGAAGCAUCUGUUAACCAAGAAAGCCUUAAAAAAAAAAAUCCUGUAGGUGGGAGCUAAGGCAGGUAUGCUGCCUGUUUCAUAAAUCACAGUGAUGUCUUUUAGAUCUGCUUUGUAGGUAGCUUUGCAAUGCAGUGUAUGAGGAUUGCAAGAUUCUUAGGCAAACCAUUAUCUGUUGUGGCAGGUGCUCCCAUUUGACAUCAAAACAGGAAGAAAACCAAACCAUACCAGGUGAAGCUGUACAGAUGUGUGUCUGACAGCCCCUUAGCCAUGCACGAGGCAUGGUGGUUUCUCAGGGACUGUCAAAAUACCAAAACCAGCAGAGUUCCCAAGGCAGCAUCACUUGUGAGACAGGUAAAUGUCCAUAGCCAAGUCAUGAGCAGCAGAACAUCUGAAGACAAGCCAGCAUGCCGACAGCCAGAGAGACUCUGCUCUGGCCAGACAUGGAAAGUGUAUCCUAGAGCAGCUAUGGGGAAAGGCAACAAAGCAACAUAUAAAUCAGUCAUAUCCCCAGGAAAGCUUGGAGCAAAGCAGGAAUGCCAAUUUUCACCACAAAAUGAGUAAAAAACUACCUCAUUAUUUUGAUUUGCUAUUAAGACUUCAGAGACAGUGGAGACAUUUCUAUACUGACCACUCAUAGCAAUGAGGAUUUUCUGUGGUAUUCCACCAUGUAUCCUUUCAAUGUACGCCAGGUUACUUGCAGCAACUUGGUGCAGUUUUGCUGACUCUAGUCAACUUGGUGAAGCCAACCAGCCAGUCAAGAAAAAUUGCAAGUAGUCGAGGAAAUAGAGCGAGCUGUAAGUGGAAAGCAUAGGAAGGCAACUUGAAACAAAAUGCUCAACACCACCCAAUGCAGCUUUAAAAGUCAGUGCACUGGGAAUGCAAGGUAAAGGGCUCCCCAGCUGCAACCAAGAGAUUCAAAUCAGGAUUGAAUUGUUUCCUGAAGAUACAUCAUGCAUUUGGAAGUGAGUUUUAUCUGCUGAGUAAGUCAGUCCUUAUGUUACAGUCCAGUGGUGGAUACGGAUCUAUUUCACCAAAACUACAAAUGCAUUUACAGUCUCAGCUUGGAGAUGGGAGAAAUAUGUGCUCCACUGACACUGGAUCAGCAGGUAUGCUUUGGCUGCUAGUUGCUCCCAGCUAAUGGCAUGGAGUUCAAAUUGUCAAGUUACCAGGAAUACCUGGGGGCUGUGUCCUGUCACCACAAGACAGACUUGCACUUGAGCCAGCACCAACCCUCCUGCAACGUACCCUGCAGACUUGAGACAAGAUGCAGAAGAACAGCUCUGCCAAUUAUAUGCCAGUAUAUGGAAGACUUCAGAGAACAUCUUGUAAUGUGUUACUACAUAAGCAGGUUUUUGGCAUUUAUCCAUUUUGCUAUCUUGAUUGUGAAAAAAUGAACAUUAUUAUAAUAUUUCAGCAAAGAACAGUGCAUUUGAGAGUAUGCUUUAUGUGUGCAUGUGUAUACAUAUAUUCAUGUAUAUAUAGAGAGUAAUAUCCAGGAACAUGAAGAAAACUGUGAUUGAUGGAAAACAACUGCAGAUAUGUCCAAAUAAAGCCUACCUGUCGUUUCA